CUCCCUCUCUCUCUCUCUUCUUUUGCGUCGCUGCCCGCCGUGUCGUCGCCACCGAUGGGAGCUCGCUUCUUCCGCUGCGAAGAAAGAAGAAAAAAUGGCGGACGCGAAGGCGGUCACUAUUCGGACGCGGAAGUUUAUGACCAAUCGCCUUCUCUCCAGGAAGCAAUUCGUCAUUGACGUGCUUCACCCGGGAAGAGCCAAUGUCUCCAAGGCGGAGUUGAAGGAGAAGCUGACGAAGCUGUACGAGGUCAACGAUCCGAACAUGAUCUUCGUGUUCAAGUUCAGAACGCACUUCGGAGGAGGGAAAUGUUGAUGUUGAUAGGAAGAGAGGAUAGAGAUAUCAAACAGACGAAGAGAAAUACACGGGUUUUGGUUUGAUCUAUGAUACGGUGGAAAAUGCAAAGAAGUAUGAGCCCAAGUAUCGUCUCGUCAGGAAUGGGCUUGCCACAAAGGUCGAGAAGUCAAGGAAGCAAUUAAAGGAAAGAAAGAACAGAGCAAAGAAAGUUUGUGGAGUCAAGAAGACAAAGGCUGGAGAUGCUGCCGAGGCUUGGGUUGGCCAGUCGAUAAUACUUGCUAGCAUAGAAUCGGGACAUUUUGUUCUGCUAUGCAUGUAUUGACGUCAGCUUGCACGUUGCCCAUCAACACUUCCACUAGGCAUUACAAGGCCCGAACAUGAAUGGGCGGUUAGGAUUCAAAACUUCAAGAAGAGAUGGCGUCUUAGCACGAAUCACGAAGAACGGGUCCUUCGUUUUCUUGCUUAUUAUUAUGAAGCCCAAUUAAUUAUGCAAGAAAAAUCUCAGCGGCAGGAAAUGUUGUGCA